AUGUGGUCUUUCGCCUUCUUCUUUGGUCUUGUUCAGUGGUCAAUUCUCUGUCUUGCUGUACCGCAUUCCUUUUCCGAUUAUCUCCAGAGGCGCCAGGAUGCGAUAUCGUCUGACUUACCAUGUCUGAAUGUUAUGUCUGCAGCAGCGCAAGGCGUUUACAUUUUCGCGGCGUCUGAGGUCUUUGAGUGCAUCAGCAAAGUGCCUUUUCACGCUGCUGUUGCCUCUCGCUUCAUUGACUACUACAACGAUACAUUACAAUUCCAAAGCACAUUGGCGUUUCUGAAGAGUCCUCCGGACGGAUACCAGCAGCCGCCGGUCGAUGUCGAACAAGAACUCAAGGAAAUCCGGGCCAACAUCAGCUCAGGCGCAUACAAGAGCCAGUACGCAUUUGAAGCGCAAGUACAGCUGCUUAUUAGUCGCAUCCACGAUAACCACGUUACACUUGAUGCGGGCAUUCUAGCGGCUUUCAGAUUCGCUAGCCCCUACACAAUUGUGUCGAUCUCUUCAGACGGCUUGGAAGAACCAAAGGUGUAUCUGAAGGAGGACUUACUCUCAGCUUCUGAGGAAGGUUACACACCUUCCCCCGUUGUGAAGAUCAAUAACAUCGAUGCCAUCGACUACUUGACUUCCCUGGUUGCACCCAACUCGGAUGGGUACCUCGAGCCACACGCUGACUGGAACUCAGUUGUGACCAGUCCUGCCCAGGACAUACAAGGGUACUUGAGCGUGUUCCAACGCCUUCCACUUUACCCUGGAGAUGAGCUCAGCUUCACCUUUGAGAAUGAAACCUCUCUAGAUACGAUAUGGCUGGCUAUGUACGCAGAGACUGCACUUACAGGCCCUUUGACUACCCCAGGAGACUUUUAUAACUACUUCGUUCUGGGUCUCGUGCCCGCUGGUUUCGACCCGGAUAACUCUACUUCGCCUCCAUGGUGGCCGGCAGAAUAUGAUGUACCCGUCGAAGACAAUGAAGAUGCGCCAGCGGCUGAGCCGGGCUUCAACUGCUCUAGUUCUACAGAACUGAUAGUCAACUGGUGCAGUGCUACGAAUGGUCAGGUUCGAGCAUAUCCCAGCGACCCAGUAGUUGUGCAGAAUGACUUCUCGAUCGCCGGUGCUGGUGCUAUGUCAGGAUAUAUUUUCGACGACGUGUCUACCGGCAUUCUCAGUAUACCAAGCUUUUAUCAGGAUGGCCUCAGCGUAAAAUACUUCUUCAACGCCAUCGACGAAUUUAUUGGAAAUGCGACGGUACGGGACACUAAGCGUGUGGUUAUCGACCUUCAGCGAAACAGCGGUGGCUUGGUCUUGCUCGCAAUGACAACGUUCCAGCAAUUCUUUCCUACUCUCCCACCAUACACAGGCAGUCGCAUCAGAAGCCAUAGAUUUGCAGACAUACUUGGCACGGCAUACACUGAAUGGUGGCAGUCUUUGGACCCCGACUCUUUCGAGUCCCAAGACUCUGCGGCAUCAGAAUGGGUCGCUGUUAAUCGUAUCAACGCCGCGACAGGACGGAACUUCGCAACAUGGUCAGAAUAUUUCGGACCCGUCCAAGAUCGCAGCGAUGGAUUUUCUCAGAAGCAACUCUACAACCUGAGCGACAGAGUCUUUGACUACGACAUGUUUGGAUGGACUUACCAGCCGUGGGUGAAUUCGAGCUAUGAUGAGGACCAGCCAAGCUGGGCUCCUGACGAAAUCGUCCUGGUAAGGAACAUUCAACAGCCUGUGACUCAUGUGACUAACUCUUUCGCCAGCUUACGGAUGGCUUUGGGCGGACGUCCAAACCGCGGGCCGAUGCAGACGGCGAGUGGUAACCGCGGAGCAGUCGUUUAUACGUCGAAUCGUCUUGACUUCGAUAUCGACAACCUAAAAGAUCUCGUCAACAAUACGGCCGCCUUUGACCGUCUGCCUUCACGCGACGACACUGGCAUGUUCACGAACUACGCUUCCAUCAAUAUUCGCGAUCAAAUGCGGCCCUACGACUUGACGCCAUUACAGUUCCGCUACGAAGCAUCUGAUUGUAGACUGUACUUCACAACGAGGAACGCCUUCAAUAUGACUCAGUUAUGGAGAGAUGCCGCUGCAGCCACUUGGGAUAACACGACGCUCUGUGUACCUGACUCCACAAACUACUCUAAAAGAACCCAGAAAGAACGCAAAAUCCCACCUAAGCCUAGUGGUGAUGUGCCUUUGCCGUUCGAAGUUACAGGUGGGCAGUUGGAGGACCCUCUGGACCUUUCGCUCAACACAAGCGUGGGUCUUGUGGAUGCCAGAAGACCCCCCAACUUCAACAAACAACAAUGGAUGUUCGGCUGGCUUAGUCUGUGCAUCAAAGGCAACAUCGUGCAGUAA